AUAUCAUCACAGAACAGAGAAAAACAGCUCUCUCUUUCUCUCUCUCUCCUCCCUUUCUCUCUCUAACACCAAACUCUGUUGAAGUCUUCUCUCUUUCUCUGUCCACUCACCAACAACAACACCAUUUUCAACACCAAAACAUAGUAACAGAAGAAACAGAGAAAGCUUCACAUGGGUCUCUGUUCUUCCUUUCUCUCUUCCACCUCUACACCUCCCCAACCAUCUUCUUCCUUCAACAGACCUCUUUCCUCAGGUUCAACAAGCACUGUUGGAUUCUCUGCAACAACAAGCAGUAUUGGAAGGAGUCAAAUCUCCGAAAUAGCAAGUGGAAGCAUUGACAGUGUUACUGUUACUGAAGGGUCUCUUCCGGUACCUUCUUCACCAAAUGGUCAAAUUCUUGAAAGGCCGAAUUUGAAGGUUUUUAGCUACGCUGAUAUGAAAGCUGCUACGAAAAAUUUCAAACCAGAUACAUUACUUGGUGAAGGUGGUUUUGGAAAAGUUUAUAAAGGUUGGUUGGAUGAGAAAACUCUUACUCCUGCUAAAGCUGGUUCUGGAAUGAUUGUUGCUAUAAAAAAAUUGAAUUCUGAAAGUACUCAAGGGUUUCAAGAAUGGCAGGCAAAAGUCAACUUUUUGGGAAGGCUUUCACACCCAAACUUGGUGAAGCUAUUGGGAUACUGUUGGGAUGAUGAAGAGCUUCUUCUUGUGUAUGAGUUCAUGCCAAAAGGAAGUUUGGAAAAUCAUCUCUUCAGACGAAAUCCGAACAUUGAACCACUUUCUUGGAACACAAGAAUCAAAAUAGCUAUUGGUGCAGCUAGGGGUUUAGCUUUCUUGCAUGAGUCUGAAAAGCAAGUCAUAUACCGAGAUUUUAAAGCAUCGAAUAUACUCCUUGACGGGAGUUACAAUGCAAAAAUUUCGGAUUUCGGAUUAGCUAAAUUGGGACCUUCUAGUGGACAAUCACAUGUAACUACAAGAGUCAUGGGCACAUAUGGUUAUGCUGCCCCGGAAUACAUUGCAACAGGGCACUUGUAUGUGAAGAGUGACGUCUAUGGUUUCGGUGUCGUGCUAUUAGAAAUCCUAACAGCCAUGAGAGCAAUGGACACAAAGAGACCAUCAGGACAACAAAACCUAGUUGAAUGGGUGAAACCUUUUCUCUCAAACAAGAAAAAACUAAAAGGCAUAAUGGAUGCUAGAAUAGAAGGACAAUACUCACAAAAAGCAGCAAUACAAGCAGCAGCACUUUCUCUAAAAUGCCUAGAAGGUGACCCUAAACAACGUCCUUCUAUGAAAGAUGUACUUGAGUCAUUGGAAGCUAUUGAAGCCAUUCAAGUCAAAUCCAAGGAAACCAAGAAAAACAAUUCUCAUCAACCACCAGUUCAUCAAGCUGCUAGGCACCAGAGAGUUGUAAGAGUAUAGUUUUUUUUUAAAGAAAAAAGGAAACUUAAGUUCAAUACAAAAUAUAAGCGGGAUCAGCCACUUAAUAGAUGUUUUUUUUUUUCUCUUUUGUGCUGGUUGAGGAGGGGUAGAUUAUUUUAUUGAAACUUUUGACUAUUCUAUAAUUUUUUUUGUUAAAUUAUUCAUAUUUUUAGAGUGGCAUAUACCUUUUUUUUUGUAAGAAAAUUUGUUGAAAGAGUAUAAGGGGUGUUCUAGACAAGAGUACAUCUUGCAUUGUUUGUAAACAGGUUGAAUUCUUAAUAUGCUUCUAAAUUGCACAACAUUAAGUCUCUCCAUGAUAUGGAAUCAGAUUUUGAAAAAUUAAUUCCAUUUUUGCAUGAAAUUUUAGAAUACAACGGAUCAUAUUUGGAAGAUAACAACUCAUACUAGGAGGGGUUUACAUUGUUGAGGUAUCUGCAUUUGUAUAGCUGUGCCAAAUUGAAAGUUCUCUCUUACCUUGUUUACUUUAUGAGAGGGUAACAAUAAAUGGAUAGAGGCAUCAUUGGAGUAAGAGAUUUCCACAUAAGUAAACUAACACUCUCGGGUAAAUAGCGUUCGAGUUGGCUUAAUAACGAUUCUGGACUAUGGGCUGAUAUUUUAUUGGCAUGCUAUGUCUCUCAAACUUUUUCUUACUUUAAAGGGGUAAGGGUUCAAGCUUUAGAAAUACUCCUUGGUAUAAAGACAUCUCACUCCUUGGCACAAAUCACUAAAAAAAACUCCAAAUCAGUUC